GGCACCAUAGACUCAAACGUUUGUUUUCCGGAGCUCACAAGCCGCACUGUAAAUUUGGACAUCGAGUUUAAAAGAAUGAAGGAAGACCAAAAAGCAACAGCCGUCAUCAAGUCAUAAAUCUGAAGCGUCAUUUUUUAUUAUUCUUUUUUUUUCCACUAUGGAAAAGAUCGAAUGUCACCGUCCGCAGGCUUUCGGGAGUUACAGGUGCGGAGAUGAGGAACAUCCAGCAAUUCAUCCAACAGAAAAAAAAAAUCAUUUGCAUCCAGUAAAGCAAUAUUUUCAAGUUUACUAAUGAAGCACUUUUGAUGCUCUUUCGGUUCGCGGCUGUGGGUCACAUUGACAGUUAAACGUUUCAGGGAUAAUGUUUAUCACUUAGUCAAGCUGUGUCUUUUUUUUCUCUCUCUUUUCUUUUUUUCAAGAGAGACUCUUAGCUCUCCUUUUAUAUAGAUUUAUCUAGGAUAAUCGGAAUUCCAACGCAAAAAAUAAAUAAAAAUAAAAAUACUCGAAUCCCCUGUGCUGCCCUGCUACUUCAUUAAUCGGACUGUCGCCCUUUUUUUUGUUGCAACCAAUAGGAAAACUCUGAGCAUGAAGGGUUUCAGCAUGCCUUGCUAACGCGCAUCAGCCAGAUUUGCUGUGGAAAAACGUCCUUACAUUUCUGAAAUAUUGAAAAUGUAUUAGAAAUAAGCAUCAACAGCAGCAAACAAAGAGAGAAUUCAAGAAUUGGAAGAAUACUUUCAUUUUGGAUUUUGGUGCAAAAAAAAAACUGAACUCAACUGGAAGAUGUCAAUAAAAACAGAAUAUAAAUUUAGGUUUUCGUAAUUUUUAUAACUAUUUUGGAAAAAUAUAAAGUUAUGUUUUAAUAUCGUAUGUUAUUUCAAUACUGACGUUUAUGGUUCGUUUUUUUUUUAUUUAUUUAAACAAAUUUGUUGAUAUUAAUCAGCUUAGGCAAUUUUCACUUUUUAGAACCUUUGCAAUUAAAAAGAUGAUUAGAAGCCAAAAGACUCUUAACGGCUGCGGAUAAAAUAUGAAAUUUUCGAGCGUAGCGAUGCUUACUCGCAUUUCUGAAGAAACAGAUAAGCAAUAAGUUGUAUUUCCUUUUCUUUUAUUCCUCCCACUCCCUCACUUUGGCUGCACGAUCAAGUCCCGUUCCUCUGGUCAAGUUCAGCGUGUUGUUCCCCCGGCCCUCGCGGACGCUUCUUAUUGGUAGGCUGCGACAGUUACAUCACGACGCUCGUGACGCGCACGUCUUCCUGUUUCCUUCAGCCGCGUCUUAAAGUGAAUCUUAGUGGCGGAGGAGCGCUCCAGCAGCAUCCAGUCCUCCGCUCUGCAUCCAGCGCGCCUCAGAGACGCACACACGCACAGCUUCUCUCUCACUCUCUCUCUCUCUCUCCCUCUCCCUCUCUCUCCUGUCUUCUUUCAAGGUCUCUCACUCUUUCGACCACAGCUGAGGAUAGAAGGAGAGACGGACGCGAAAGAGCCAGUUUUUCCCGUUUUCUUUUUGUAUUUUUUUUGCCUCUUUUAGUUCGCGCCGCUCACUUUAUUCCAGCUCUUCCUUUCCUCAUAUUUUUGCUCCAGCUCCUCCGCACAGCAGUCCGCGGCUCUUUUCUCCCUUUCCCCGCCGCAGGAGUUCAGGUUGUCCCCUCUUAAUCUUCAUCUUGGACCGGAUACUCAGAGGCUUUGACCCUAGAGGACUGGGUUUGUGGGAUAUGGCCCAAUAGCAGCAGCCCGUGAUGCCGGACCAUGACAGCGACUCCCUCCUGAACAGACAGACCAAGCGACGACGUGUGGACAUUGGUGUCAAGAGGACAGUGGGUAGCACAGCCUCCUCCACAGCAGCAGCUACUACCGAUAACAUCGCCCGCGCCAAAGCAGCCAUUUUCAGUGCCAUGAACUCUCUGAGCUCCCAUUCUCACCACGGAUCAGACAACGACUCCAUGGAGUGCUCUGUAGUGCAGCCACAUGGUGGGCCUGGCGUCGUGUCAGCAGGCGACAGUGAGUCCAAAUCAAAUGUACUCCGAAAGCUACUGAAGAGGGCCAACUCAUAUGAGGAUGCCAUGAUGCCCUUCCCUGGCACCACCAUUAUCUCUCAGCUUCUCAAGAAUAACAUUGCAAAAAAUGGAGGCGGACCUGAGAGAGGGGAAAGAGGAGAUAGAGUUGAAUCAGGUUUCCCUGGAUCAGGGCUCUCGAAUGCUAGCUCUGAUGCCCCGCAGGAAGAUGCAUGCAGUAACUCCUCCCAGGACAGCACCCCUCAGGAGUGCUUGUCACCAUUUGGUCGUCCUCCUGGCCUGGCCACCUUUGACAUUGAACGUCUCAAUGAUGAACACCUGCGUGCCAAGCGGGCCCGUGUAGAGAACAUUAUACGUGGUAUGAGCCACUCGCCAAGCGUGGUGGUGCCUGCUGCUUCCCGUCAUGAGCGUGACCAUGAGAUGGAUGGAGAGCGGGAUCUAGAACUGGAUUGUCCACCUCCUCAGUCCCAACAGCAAGCCCCGAGCAGUCCACGGGGAGGUGAAGUGUGCAGUAGCAGCCGAGAGAAUAAGCGCAAACAGCGACUGCCUCAGCAGCAGCAGCAAAGCUUCACCCAGCUGGUGUGUCAGAGAAAGGAACAGAAGCAGGAGGAGCGGCGGCAGCUCAAGCUGCAGCUGGAGGACAUGCAAAAGCAACUACGGCAGCUCCAGGAGAAGUUCUUUCAGAUCUAUGACUCCACCGAUGACUCAGAGCACACCGACCUUCACAAUGACAUAGGAAACAUGUCAGAGGACAGCCCUGGCAGGUCCGACACUGGUGGAGAUGACCGGGGCGGAGAUGACUUGCGCUCUGACAAUGAGAUGGCUGAUUUGGAUCCAGGCCAUUUCCUUGACAGGGCGCGGGCUCUGCUUCAGGAGCAGGCCUUGUUGGCCAACACUGAAAAGCCAAGAAGAGAUGGCCUCAGCCGAAACAAAGGACAGGGAGGUCCAGGUUCCUCCAUGCAUGCUGAAGGUAAACAGCUAGCAGAAACACUGAAGCAAGAGCUCAACUCAGCCAUGACCCAGGUGGUGGACACAGUGGUAAAGGUGUUUGCUAAACCUCCUCGCCCUACUCCUCAGCAGGCCUUCCCACCUCUUUCUAUACCCCCUGAAAGAUUUCCUGCUGCUGUCAAUGGAGACAACCCAAAUUUCCACACCGCUAACCAGAGGCUGCAAUGUUUUGGUGAUGUCAUCAUUCCUAAUCCACUCGAUUCCUUUGCUAGCAUGCCUGGCAUACCAGGGCCUAUCAAUGACCAAACUGAGGCACUGCCUUUAGUAGUACGUAAGACACCCAGCGAGCAUCACCACCAGUCUUCAGCUGUGGGUGCACAUGGUGGUAGCCACCAUCCAGCUCUCCAUCCAUCAUCUCUCUCUGCCUCCAUGGGCUUCAGCCCUCCCUCCUUUCGACAUCCCUUUCCACUGCCACUCAUGGGUUACCCCUUCCAGACUCCCAUUGGCCCACCCACAGCUUACCCAGGCAAGGACCGUACUUCACCAGACUCCAUGGACCUGCCCAGAGAGACCACCAGUUUGAGAACAAAGAUGGCAUCAGGUCACCACCUGGGGCACCACCAUCGCUCUUGUUCACCAGCGCACCCUGGCAGCACAGCCGAAAGCCUGUCCUUGUCCCUAAUCAAGUCAGAGUGCAGUGAUCUCCAGGACAUGGCUGACAUCUCACCUUACUCAGGCAGCAAUAUCCAGGAGGGCCUCUCCCCUAAUCAUCUGAAGAAGGCCAAACUCAUGUUUUUCUACACCCGCUACCCAAGCUCUAACAUGCUGAAGAUGUUUUUCUCUGACGUCAAGUUUAACCGCUGCAUCACCUCCCAGCUGAUCAAGUGGUUCAGCAACUUCAGGGAGUUCUACUACAUCCAGAUGGAGAAAUUUGCCCGGCAGUCCAUCAACGACGGUGUUACUGGAGCCGAGGAGCUGAGCGUCAGCCGGGACUGCGAGCUCUUCCGAGCCCUCAACAUGCACUACAACAAGGCCAACGACUUUGAGGUCCCCGAUCGCUUCCUGGAGGUGGCUGAGAUUACAUUGCGGGAGUUCUUUAAUGCCAUCGUGGCUGGCAAAGACGUGGACCCAUCCUGGAAGAAGGCCAUCUACAAGGUCAUCUGCAAACUGGACAGCGAGGUCCCUGAGAUCUUCAAGUCCCCAAAUUGCCUUCAGGAGCUUCUACAUGAGUAAAAUUCCUCCUACACCUCCAUCUCUGCUCAUCUCUUUGCGCUUAUUUUGUUUGUCGUUUCUGAUUUAAUUGAAUUUUUCAAAAAAGUCCCCCUUAGUUUUUUUUUUAUUAUUAUUAUUAUUUCUAACUAAACCUUUGAUUUUUUUUUUCUUUUGUUCUUUUAUUAUUAUUUUUGAAUGUAUAAAAGUUAUGGAGUAGCAUUCCCAAACUAAAGCCUGUGUGGCAUUUCCUAAAUGAUCUAGCUAUUGUGUUGUUGUUCAUAUAUUAUUAUGGUUAUUAUAUGUUUUGUUUUUCUAACAUUCUGAAGUGAAGAGACUUUUAUUACUGGGUGUUUUUGGACCGUGUGAGCCCUCACCUGAAUGGCCUGUUUUAUGAACAAUUCUACCUGAGUGUGCAGAGGGACUUUACAUUUACACCACUACGAACACAGGCAGGGUUUACUAAGAAACUGCAUCCCUCCAGUUCUAGGGGCAUCCUGACAAACUGUUUCCUGCUUGGCUGCCCAAUAGACUCUUCUUUAUAAGAUGUCACUAAGAAGACACACAUGCACACAAAAUCGAGGCCUACUGUGGUUAUUGACUGGACUAAAACUGGACUCGUGUUACUGGUCAGCACUGGUCUGCAGAACUUGGACUGGUUUUAAGAGGCUACUGAAGUCUACCACCUUUUGAAGUGUAUUUUCCCUUAAAAGCAGGGCAUUGUGUUUAUUGGGUGUACAUUAUUUUGAUUAAUAUUCUUAUUGUUGUUUAUGAUUAUUUGUCAUUUUUUUGCUUGCUGAAGAUUGGCACUUCAAGACUUGUUUGUCCCUUGAUGCCGUUGCAGAAGAAAAAUAAAUUAUUAUUAAUAUUA